CUAAGUGAAAGAUACGGCAAAGCUGUAGGAAUCGUUGGAAGAGGCUCUUAUGGUUUAGUCAAAGUUGCAUCGAAAAGAAUUCCGGGAAAAGAGGACAAAUUAUUUGCCAUCAAAGAAUUGAAAAAGAAGAAAGACGAAAAAGAUGAUCAUUUUUCAAAUAGAUUAAUAUCAGAGUUUUUAAUCUCCUCAUCAUUAAAACAUCAAAACAUUGUUAAAGUAUUUGACUUAAUGAAGAGCAAUCUUGACAUCUUUUCAGAAGUUAUGGAGUAUUGUGAAGCGGGUGAUUUGUAUUCAUUAAUAUCACAAUCUCAUGGGUUACAUUACUUGGAAGCUGAUUGUUUUAUAAAACAAAUUUUAUCGGGUGUAUCAUAUAUCCAUUCAAGUGGAAUAGCUCAUUGCGAUUUAAAACCAGAGAAUAUUUUACUAACUAUUAACGGAUGUUGUAAGAUUAUUGAUUUUGGUACAUCAGUCGUAUUUUGUAAUGCAUGGGAAGAUGACAUUCAUUUAUCGAAUGGUGCAGUUGGAUCAACUCCAUAUGUUGCACCAGAAGAAUAUGACGAAAAGGAUUAUGAUCCAAGGUUAGCAGAUAUUUGGUCACUUGGUGUCAUUUAUGUUGUUAUGAGAAUUGGGUCAUAUAUUUGGGCAACGGCUAAGGAGACUGAUGAACAUUAUAAAGAAUAUAUUGAUACCAGAAAGAGCAACUUAAAGGGGGGAGACCCAACUAUAAUGAUAUCAAGAAGAAAUGCAUUGUAUAAAGUUUUAGAACCUAAUGUUGAAAAAAGAUUGAGUGCCAAUGAACUUUUAAGAACUGAUUGGGUAUCAAGUACUGAGGUUUGUAAAUCUGGA